GGAAACACCUUAAAUGACAAAUUGCAUAGACCUUUUUCUCGGAGACUGUGACAGUUGCCAAGUCUUACUAGUGAAUCAUGAUAAUGAAGCCUUCAUCAAAUCAGAUUAUUUGCUGCUAUUUAGUGGAAAACGAGAAAGAAUGUCGCCAAGCCGAAGGUUGUAGUGACCACCACUUGAGUUCUGAUUUUGGACGAUCUAGGAUUGAUUGAUUUGAGGUUCAUCCGUCGCUACUGUUCCAUUAACUAAAUCCACUGGGGAAAACUGACACUGUUGGCCGCUGCUGGAGUCAAUUUACUGUACAGCAUUCCGAAAAAAGUGAUGGUAUACGAUCCAAAUACUUUCCAACAGCAGAUAGAGGCGCAACUUGCUUAUGGGCGGAUUUGAAGAAUGGCAGGAGUUUGGAGUCGUUUUAUUUGUGUGCCAAUUUUGAAACAAAGCUGGAAAAAGAUUAUGUUGCACGACAAAUUCUUCACCCCGACAAAUCUCUUUCUUUUCCCUUUCCCGUGACGUCACACGAGUAGGCUACAUUCAUGUGAAUGUGAUUUUGAGCCCCAAAUUUCUUCGAUGAGGUGUACCGAACGACUGAUAGGUGGCAGUUGCAUCCGCUUGGCAUUUAUUCAUGAAUCCACCCCCCUUAAAAAAAGAAAAAUAAGUUGCAGUCCAAGAUGAAUAGAGGAAGCCGGGACGUGUCGGACAAAUGAUAGCGCGGGCGGUGUGUCUGCGGAUGACCACAGGGAAUAAUAACGACAAGAACAUGAGUAACACAACAACAACAACAACAAGUGUGUUAAGAGGAUUGCCGAGAGAUUUCGGCGUUGGACCACCGUCACAUCAUCAGUCGGCAUCAGCUGGCGCCCAGCAGCAGCAGCCGGGCAGCAGAGGCAACCGCGGCAACAACCGGAGUGACGUUUCCAUUCAGGUGGACGUAGGAUCGACUAAGGCGACCAACAGCGGAGGCGUUGGCGAUCGAAUGGGUCGCACGACGAAAAAUCAACGCGGAGCUUCCGGCGGAGGCGGCGGAAGCAAAGCCGAGACUCCACCCACUACAUCUCAGCAGCAACAAUACGAGACGGCCCUCUACUCACGCGAGGACAUUCGCGAGCAAUACAGCAUCAACAAGAAAGAAACGGACCCAAAAAUAAUCAAGAGCUAGAGCUCUGUUCUCUCGGUAUAAGCCCUGGGAAUUAUUUUUGAUGGACAUAUAUGCUGAAGUGCAUUAUUGAUGCUGCGAGUGUGCUGUGCACAACUAGCGGAUGAAACUUGUUCCAGCCAACUUUUUCCGCCAGUCUUUUAUUACAUUAUACCAAACCAGUUUUGUUAUUGUUUUUUCCAGGCGGAAACGGAAGACUCUUUUGUGUACAUGUCUAUUUACUUGAUGGUAGAAACAUAGUUUCAUCGCCGCACCCUUCAUUCAUAUCUCUUUUCUGCUUUUUUUUGGCGGAUGCGAUGCCAAAAUAUUGCGGGGGGUUUUCUAGGUCGCUGGUGCGGAGUUUCUCCAGCCGACUGCAUAUAGUCAUGUGUAUAUAGUCCAGCAACAUUGUCUGUUGAAUAGAUGUAAUACAAAAGCGGCUGAAUAAA